AUGGCUCCAGAUGUAGGAAGGCACGUAGGGAAUAAGGACUUUACCCGCUCGACGGUGGUCAUCAUUGGAGCUGGUAUCUCGGGAUUAUGCACGGCCAUUGACCUCAUCAAACGGAACAAAUGCCACAAUUUUAUCAUCUUGGAGAAGAGUAGCAGGGUGGGAGGAACGUGGAACGAUAACCGCUACCCGGGAUCAUGCUGCGACAUCUGGAGUUCUCUGUACAGUUACUCGUUUGAGCAGAAAUCCGACUGGACUAGGGAAUAUCCAGGCCAAGAGGAGAUAUUGAACUAUCUGAUUGGCGUCGCGCAAAAGUACAGCCUGUACAGGCAUAUCCGGUUCAACUCCGCUGUGGAGGAAGCACGCUGGGAUGACGCCGACCUCAAAUGGAGGGUUAAAUACCUCGAGUCAUACGAAAUCACCACCGACUUUCUCGUCUCGGCUGUCGGACAGCUGAACGUCCCCCGCAUGCCUGAUAUCCCCGGACUGGAAGACUACAAGGGUAAACUGAUGCAUUCCGCCCGGUGGGACUGGAGCUAUGACUGGACGGGGAAGAGAAUCGCUGUUAUUGGAAAUGGCGCAACCGCCGCCCAGAUCAUCCCCGAAAUCGCCAAAACCGCCUCGCAUGUUUCCGUCUACCAGCGCACCCCGAACUGGAUCGUGCCGCGCCUUGACAAACCCGUCGGAGCUGUGCAAAGAGCUCUGCUGACAUAUAUCCCGCCCAUCCGGUGGCGGAAGCGCGCACUCAUGAUGGACUUCCGGGAGUGGUUCUUCGAUGCCGUCGUUGACAGGAAUUCCGCGCUUUCGGAUAUGAUCCGCCAGACGUGUCUUGAUACCAUGCGGGAACAGUUGCCCGAUAGGCCGGAUUUGUGGGAUGUGUUGACGCCGGAUUACUCUCCUGGAUGCAAACGGGUGAUUAUCUCGGACGAUUAUUACCCUACAUUGGGCAAGGAGCAUGUAGCCCUGGAAACUCGUCCCAUUCAGCGGAUUACGGAAACGGGGAUCGAGACUGCUGGUGGCGAGAUGGAGGAGUUUGAUCUCAUUAUUGCGGCGACGGGGUUCAGAACGGUCGAGUUCAUGUAUCCCAUCCAGAUUAAGGGGGCGAAUGGUCGCUGUCUGUCGGAUAUCUGGAAGGAGGGGGCGAUGGCGUACUACGGCGUGACAGUAGAAGACUUGCCUAACUUCGCCAUGUUAUAUGGGCCAAACACUAAUCUGGGUCAUAACUCGAUUAUCUUGAUGAUCGAGGCUCAAUCGAGGUAUAUCAGCGCGCUGGUCAGCCAGAUACUCCAGGCGCAGAGGGUCGGUCACACUCUGGCACUGCGACCUAAGCCUGAAGUUGCGAAGACGUUCAACGAGGAUAUCCAGGCAGCCCUGAGAAAAAGCUCCUUUGCCGACCCUAACUGCAGCAGCUGGUACAAGACCGAGGAUGGACGCAUCACCAAUAACUGGCACAGCACGGUCGUUGAUUACCAGAACGAACUCUCCAGCGUCCGGUGGGAUGAUUAUAUUGCCGAAGGAAGCGGCAAGGCUUUGAUUACAAAGAAGAAAGAAACGCAUAUUGGACGGGUGAAAGAGGAGACGUUGAUCAGCAACACUUCGCUUCUCUGGGGUGCGGCCAGUGUUGUUGUGGCAUUGGGAGGAUACUAUCUCAAGGGGCGUGCUUUGAUCAGAGGCAGCCGAGUGAGAUGA